ACAUGCGUCAUGACAGAUAUUGGCUCCCGGUAAAGUAUCUAAUCCAGGUUUUUCUAAACCGUUGACAGGAUAAACCUUGCUACAACAUGCAGAAGAGUGUCCGUUACAACGAGGGUCACGCGCUGUUCCUCUCAGUGGUAGCGCGUAAGGAAGGGACCAAGCGCGGUUAUCUGAGCAAGAAGACCACGGAGAACAGCCGCUGGCACGAUAAGUUAUUUGCACUGUACCAGAACGUGCUGUUUUACUUCGAGAAUGAACAGAGCGCGCGACCUUCAGGGAUUUACCUGUUGGAAGGAUGCACCUGCGAGCGUGUGCCCGCGCCCAAAGUCUCCACAGCGGGAAAGGAGCCCUUGGAUAAACAGCAUUACUUCCUUAUAGUGUUUGGCCACGACGGACAGAAGCCCCUGGAGCUGCGAACAGAUGAGGAGAAUGAAUGUGACGAAUGGGUGGAGGCCAUACAGCAAGCCAGUUACUCUGACAUCAUCAUCGAGCGCGAGGUUCUGAUGCAAAAGUACAUCCACCUUGUCCAGAUUGUGGAGACCGAGAAGGUGGCGGCCAACCAACUCCGCACCCAGCUGGAGGACCAGGACACGGAGAUCGAGAGGCUGAAGGCUGAGAUCCUGGCACUGAACAAGACCAAGGAGAGGAUGAAGCCCUACCACACCCAGCAGGAGCAAGAUGACCCAGACAUCAAGAAGAUCAAGAAGGUCCAGGGCUUCAUGCGAGGCUGGCUGUGCAGGAGGAAGUGGAAGAGCAUCGUCCAGGACUACAUCAGCUCCCCCCACGCUGAGAGCAUGAGGAAGAGGAACCAGAUUGUCUUCAACAUGGUUGAGGCAGAGACAGAAUAUGUCCACCAGCUGUCUAUCCUGGUCAACUGUUUCCUGCGGCCACUCCGCAUGGCAGCCAGCUCUAAGAAGCCUCCUAUCAGACAUGAUGACGUCAGCAGUGUGUUCCUCAACAGUGAGACCAUUAUGUUCCUGCAUGAGAUCUUUCAUCAGGGCCUGAAGGCUCGCAUCGCUAACUGGCCUACUCUGGUGCUGGCGGAUCUGUUUGACAUCUUGCUCCCCAUGCUGAACAUCUACCAGGAGUUUGUCCGUAACCACCAGUACAGCCUGCAGGUUCUGACCAACUGCAAGCAGAACCGAGACUUUGAUAAGCUGCUUAAACAGUAUGAGGCCAACACUGCCUGUGAAGGACGCAUGUUGGAAACCUUCCUCACAUACCCCAUGUUUCAGAUCCCUCGCUACAUCAUCACUCUACAUGAGUUGUUGGCACACACUCCACAUGAGCAUGUGGAGCGCAAGAGUCUGGAGUUUGCCAAGUCCAAGCUGGAAGAGCUGUCAAGGGUGAUGCAUGAUGAGGUGAGUGACACAGAAAACAUCCGUAAGAACUUGGCAAUAGAGAGGAUGAUUGUGGAAGGCUGUGACAUCCUACUGGACACCAGCCAGACCUUCGUUAGACAGGGAUCUCUGAUCCAGCUCCCGUCGGUGGAGCGAGGUAAGCUCAGUAAGGUGCGCCUGGGCUCUCUGUCUCUGAAGAAGGAAGGAGAGAGACAGUGCUUCCUGUUCACCAAGCACUUCCUCAUCUGCACACGCAGCUCAGGGGGCAAGCUGCACCUGCUCAAGCAAGGAGGGGUCCUCUCUCUAAUAGACUGCACUCUCAUAGAGGAGCCUGAUGCUGCCGAUGAGGAGGCUAAGUCAGGCCAGGUGUUUGGUCAGCUGGACUUCAAGCUGGUGGUGGAGCCGUGUGAUUCAGCGUCCUUCACUGUGGUUCUUCUGGCUCCCUCUAGACAGGAGAAGGCUGCCUGGACCAGUGACAUCAGUCAGUGCAUAGAUAAUAUCCGUUGUAAUGGUUUGAUGACUAGUGUGUUUGAGGAGAACUCCAAAGUCACUGUGCCUCAUAUGAUCAAAUCCGAUAUGCGUCUCCAUAAAGAUGAUGUUGACAUUUGCUUCAGCAAGACGCUCAACUCGUGCAAGGUCCCCCAGAUCCGGUAUGCCAGCGUGGAGCGCCUGCUGGAGAGGUUGACAGACCUGCGCUUCCUGUCCAUAGACUUCCUCAACACAUUCCUACACACCUACAGAGUCUUCACCUCCGCCUCUGUCAUCAUGGACAAGCUGGCUGACAUCUACAAGAAACCUUUUACCUCCAUUCCCAUCAGGGUUCAGUACCACUCAUUCGACCGUCUGUCCAUCACCUCCGUUUGUCCAGACUACACCCUGAAGAUCAGGAAGAUCUCUCUGGACCAGUCUAAGUCUCUGGAGUUGUACUUUGCCACCAGUCAGAACAACAGAAACAGCGCUGAGCACGUCAGCGACAAAUCCCCUCGCCUCUGCCGUAAAUUCUCCUCUCCUCCUCCCCUCUCCCUCCCCUCCCACUCCUGCUCUCCCUUACGCAUGCGCAAACUUUCCCUUAACUCCCCACUCAACUCCCCCCUCAGCUCCCGGCUGGCUGGGCUGGAUCUCAGCUACCCAAACUUCGCCCUCUCCUCGUCCCAGUCUUAUGUCAGUAGCCCAACCUCAACACACACACCUCAAACCCCUCCCCUCUAUACAUGCACCCCUCAAACCCUGCCCGCUUCCACACACCAGACCCCUACCACACCCUCCCCCACUCCCGAAACCCCCGCCCCUGAGACCCCCAACCCCCCUAUCUCUGUGGAUGCGCCCCACACUCCUCCUACCUCCAUACCCACACCACAGACACCACCUUUCGCAGACACCCAACAGACACUAGCUUCCCCUCUCACAUCCACCCCCACCUCCCCUCCCACAACCACCCCCACCUCCUCUCCCACCUCCACCUCUCCUCCUACCUCUACCCCCACCUUCUCCACCUCCCUUCCACUGGGCUGUGGUCUCCCCCAGGACCAAGACCCCCUUCCCCCCUCUUCCCCUGACCAGAGCCCCACUAUUCUCUCAGAGGGGGAUGAGCUACCCAGGAUGGAUGCCUUCUGUGGGAAACUGAGACGCAGCAUUCGCAGAGCUGUGCUGGAGUCUGUCUCUCUGGAGAAGAUCCUGCCAGAGUCUCCCCAGAGCAGUGAUCCAGGAGAGACCUCUCCCUGCCGCUCUCCCUCCACCCCACGACACCUCCGCUACCGGCCAGGAAUCCAAUCAGGAGAGAACUCUCGCUCUUCCGUCUCUCCUGCCUCAGCCUUCGCUAUUGCCACGGCUGCAGCUGGACAUAGUUCUCCCACAGUGUUCACUAACUCUGAGAGGACAUGUGAUAAGGAGUUCAUCAUCCGCAGGGCUGCCACCAACAGAGUUUUAAAUGUGUUGCGACACUGGGUCUCCAAACACUCCCAGGACUUUGAGAUGAAUGGGGAGUUGAAGAUGAGCGUGGCCUGUCUGCUGGAGGAGGUGCUGAGAGACCCUGACCUUCUGCCUCAGGAAAGGAAGGCUACUGCCAACAUACUGAGCGCGCUUUCCCAGGAGGAGCAGGACGACACACAGCUAAGGAUAGAGGACAUCCUACAGAUGGUGGAGUGCCCCAAAGCAGAAUGUUUUGAGUCCCUGUCAGCGAUGGAGCUGGCUGAGCAGAGCACCCUGCUAGACCACAUCAUCUUCAGGAGUAUUCCCUACCAGGAGUUCCUGGGCCAGGGGUGGAUGAAGGUGGACAAGACAGAGAGAACACCCUACAUCAUGAAGACCAGUCAGCACUUCAAUGAUAUGAGUAACCUGGUGGCGUCUCAGAUCAUGACCCACACAGAUGUGGGCUCCCGAGCCAGCUCCAUAGAGAAGUGGGUGGCCGUGGCCGACAUCUGCCGCUGCCUCAACAACUACAAUGGUGUCCUGGAGAUCACAUCUGCCCUAAACCGCAGCGCUAUCUACAGGUUGAAGAAGACAUGGGCCAAAGUCAGCAAGCAGACUAAGGCCCUGAUGGACAAGCUGCAGAAGACUAUUUCAUCUGAGGGGAGGUUCAAAAACCUGAGAGAGACUCUCAAGAACUGCAACCCCCCCUGUGUGCCAUACCUGGGGAUGUAUCUGACAGACCUGGCCUUCAUUGAGGAGGGGACCCCCAACAUCACUGAGGAAGGCCUGGUCAACUUCUCCAAGAUGAGGAUGAUUUCCCACAUUAUUAGAGAGAUACGUCAGUUUCAGCAGACACCCUACAGGAUAGAACACCAACCUAAGGUUACCCAAUAUCUCCUGGAUAAGACUCUGAUCAUGGAUGAGGACACUCUCUAUGAUUUGUCCCUCAAGAUUGAGCCCCGCCUUCCAGCCUGAGAGCUGUCUGGACCAAUGGGAGCCUGUCAAACCUGCAUUUCCCCUGCAUGGGCGUUGGCCAAUCAUAUCCAGUGUAAUGAAACUAGAGGUGACGGAGGUGAUAACUGACUGGCAAUCUUUUAUAAGAGGGAAGAAGGAAAGAAGAAAAAGCCUGAUGGCGAGAGGCAUGACAGAGGUCUGCUGAAUGAGUGGAGAGAGGGAUGAGGGAUACCCUUUCUGAAGGCGGGCUCUUGAUGUAUGUGUGAGCUCAUCAUUCAUCACCCGGAGAAGAUAUAACGAGUGUGAGCUGCAGUUCCUCUGGUCCCAGAGAAAGAACAUUCUACUGUUCAGAGGUUGUCCAGACGGAGAGCGUUCUACUGUUCAGAGGUUCUCCACAAGAUGUUUGAUUUGGUGAAAUGUAGCAUGUACAGCUCUGAGACCAGGUGUGUCACAUCCUGUGUUUACACUUCUUUGUGAGUGUUUGUGUAUGCAUGUGUAUGUUGCUGUGCUGCAUUUUGGAGCAAGCAUAUUGACUUUUUCUGAAAAAACAGUUACUAGCUAGUUCAGUGCCCAUUGGCAGCACCCGUUGGAGGCAAAUGCAAGUGCAGUGCCCAUUGGCAGAGAACGCAUGUAUAUUUUGUUCUGGCGAGAUCAAUGGCUCCAUCACUUAAUGCAGCUCCACAUGGCUGUGAAUUCAUUUACAUAUUUAUUUCUCACAAACUGCUCAUCCAACCAAUAUCACCAUGUGUCACUGCAUGUCCUUGAGUCCUGAGCAAAUUUCAACUUCUUACAGUGCAGGGUUCUCAAGAUAAUCGAGCCACAGACACCCACAGACAGAGAUUCCUACCUUUAUAAUUAGAUUACUUUGCAUGUUAAUGUUGAUACAGCUUGACCCCGAAGCCCUGGGGGGUAUUCCAGGUAGCAGGUUUAGUGAAAACUUUGAGUUAGUUAACCCUGAAAAGAGGCAUACUCCGGGUUUUCUGUUCCAGAAAUAGAGGUAACGAAAACUUUUGGUCACUGUCCAUUGUAACUUACUCUGUGAACCUAACCUGCUCGCUAGCAGGUUUUCCAUUACAAAUUAUGUGUUUCUACAUAUCCCCUCCCACUUUAUGAGCCCGAUAGCAUUGGCAGACAUGGGAUAUCCUUUCCUGGUUCAGCCGAGCAAUCUCAAACAAAAUUGAAUUCGCUUAGUUAUACGCCGGGAGAGGAUUUUAUGACUGCGAUUCGAUGUGCUUUAAUUCCCUGAUGAAUACCUAAGUUAACGUUACCGUUUCCCAUCACAAUCUGUAAUUUAUUUUAGCAGAAUUCUCAGCCCUUACAUCGCUAAUGUUACACACCGUGGACGUGCCCUCAGAACCGGCCAAAUGCUUGUUGGCACUGAAAUAAAGACAAAUAAUUGAAAUUGGAUUUGGUC